UUUAGUGUCGCGGCGUAUUAUACUGCGCUCACAGCGUCCUCCUCCCUCUGCGUAGUCCACGUUGAACGCUCCCGCGGCGUGUUCUUUCCCGAAGUCUGCGCGAGUGAUGCCCGCAACGGCAUUUGCUCAUCGGGAGCAACUAGCCGCGGCAGCGUCGGCCUCUGAGCGGCCGUGAUGUGUUGUUCUCCACCCCAACAAAUGCCAAUAAGGCCGGCGACCUGCGGUACGCUGAUUGGACAACGUAGUACUUGCUACCAUGGCUGCUGGUCUUCGGUAUCGUAGUGCAGCGUUGGGCCACGAUGCCCGUGGACCGGUCGCCGUCACGCCGUGGCGGCAGCGUGGUGCGGCGGCAGCGCAGGUUAGCAGCCUCGCCGCCUUCGUCCGGGGAAAACAAAUGCCGUUCGUGCUGCCGCAAGUUCGCUGCGUUCCUGUUCUCGCACGUGGGUCUGUGCGCGCUUGUAGUUGGCUACAGUGUGCUUGGUGCGUUCGCCUUCCGCGCCCUUGAAGGGCCGUACGAGGUGCGCAAGGCGAGCCAGGUGCGCGCCCUGCGCGAGCAGACCGUCAGCCAGCUGUGGGACGUGACCGCGAAGCUGAACGUGCUCUACAAGGAGAACUGGACCUUCGCCGUGAACGAGCACAUCCGCGAGUUUCAGCUCAGGCUGGUGGCUGCCGUCAAAGACGGUUACGACGGGAAGGAGUCUGGCCGCGAGCAACAGUGGUCUUUCUCCGGGGCUUUCCUAUACUCGCUAACCGUCAUCACCACCAUCGGCUACGGGAACAUCGCUCCCAAGACCAACUUGGGUAAAAUCGUGACCAUCUUGUACGCCAUCGUGGGCAUCCCCCUCAUGCUUCUGUACCUCACCAACAUUGGCGACAUCCUGGCCAAGGCGUUCAAAUACGUGUACCGGCGCCUAUGCAGCUGCGACCACCGCGGAGGAGACUUAUCUGGCCGCCGCCCACAUGUUGCCUCGUACUACGGAUCGUCAACUAGGAGGACAGCCGGGGCCCUCUGCCGCGUCAACCAUAUCGCACUCGAGGAAGGACUGCUUCCCGGAGAAGCCAUCAAUGGAUUCGCCGCCGCGGACCGCAUAGGACAGAACAGCACACAAACGGGAAAGCUUAAAGGGGGCCGUGAAGACGAGGUCUACGCCGUGCUUUAA